UCCAUCUAUUUUGUUUAUGCUCUGAAGCAUUUACUGUAUUUAGUUUUGUCAUUUAGCAUUCAAGUUUUGUGCACGAAUUCACUUUUCAUGGCUCAAACGCAAAAAGCCAGCGCUGGGCUUGGCCUGUGAAAGUUCUUUCAGCAGCCGAAUGAGAUUAAGAACUCUUUCAUUCAUUCAAUAUUUUUAUGCAAAUCAUACACACACUCACAUUUCAUAUAAAUAGUUGGCUUAGUUUAUGAAACAAGAGGCAUUUGCAUAGCAUUUACGUAUAGACACGAUAAUAAUCGCCAGACAAAAUGUAUAAACCUAGGAAUGAGCCAUUCCAACGGUAGUUUCACCGAUUCUCUGCGACAUUCUCUUCGCCAUUCUCUCUUGGAUCUGUGGUUUGGGUCGAUAUAAAAAGAGCUGCUGGUGAGAUGAUUUUGGGUUAGUUUACAGAAUGAAGUCGCGUUUGAGUUACUGGAUUAUCUUUGUGCUGGGUGUGCUGCUGCUGCCGGAGAUUUCUGCGGCAGGCGGUGAUACCUCUGGGCCGCGAAUCUUCACGGUGAUGGCCGGCAGUCCCGCUCCAGCUCCGGCUCCAGCGCCGCCACCACAGGAAGUGAUCAUAACCGGGGACCACGACCAUCAUGGCUAUCACGACCAUCAUGGGCCGUAUCCGCCGCCAAUCUAUCCGUAUCCACAGCCGCCACAGCAUUGUAAUUGCCCUCCUGGGCCCCCAGGGCCGCCGGGCCCGGUGGGGCAGCCAGGCGUGCAAGGAUAUCCGGGCAUGAAGGGUUCCAAGGGCGAUCAAGGGGACAAAGGAGCACCAGGCGAGAAAGGCUACCCAGGCUUUCCCGGCAUGCCUGGCCCCCCCGGCCCCCCCGGCCCACCAGGUUUCCCAGGCGGCUCGCAACAUCAUCGAGCUUACUAUCCAGCACCUGGAUACCCUUCACCAGGAUACCCUUCACCUGGAUACCCUUCCCAUGGAUAUCCUUCACCUGGAUAUCAUAAUGGAAAUUAUGAUUACGGACAUCAUGGCGAUCAUGGACACCAUGGAGAUAACGGACACCAUCGCUACUUAUCGAAUGAUGAACAGUCCUCUGCCGAAGACGAAGACGAUGCCGAGGAACAAGAGCGAGCUUUUGGUGAAUUAGAAGAGCAGUCGAUUGGCCAGCACCAGCGACCCAUUCUCUUGGCAUUCAGUCAUGUGGGAAAUCCAUUUGCCACAAAGUCAAAUAAAAAACGAAAUUAAAUUGUAGUUUUUACUGG